UGACGAUACUUGAAGAUAAGGAGGACGCACUGAAGAGGGGCCAGUUCUUCCUCAACAGCAAACUGGGUGGGCUUAUGUAGGGGGAAAGGGGUCAUCUGGAGGUGGGUUAAAGGUGAACCGGAGUUGAGUCUCCUUGUGGCAGGAUGGCAGGGGUGAAUGGAGACCGUAAAGGGAAGAAAGAUGACAAUGGGAUCGGCACAGCUAUUGACUUCAUGCUCUCCAAUGCCAAGCUUGUGCUGGGUGUGGGAGGUGCAGCCAUGCUUGGCAUUGCAACAUUAGCUGUGAAAAGAAUGUAUGACCGUGCCAUAAGCGCUCCCACCAGCCCCACCAAGAUGGAGCAGACAGGAAAGAGGAGCUGGGAGGAGCCAGCCUGGAUGGGUUCAUCACCCCGGGUACUGAAUCAAAACAUGAAGUCCACAGUUAGCAGGUCCAUGCAUUCUCUGCCCACUUCCUCCCAUGCUUUUGAACCAGACUGCCUGCGCAGGGCUGUGGGUCGAGCUGCUGUUGGAGGAAGUGGCACCACUCAGUCUGACAUGCUGCGGGCCCGGAUGCGUCUGUCCCUCCAGGAACAUCUGUGGGGGUUUUACCUAAACAAUGUCAACAUUCCCACUGAGGAGCAGGCGACGGCCAGGAGGGCAGCGCUGGACAUCUGCGCUGAACUCCGAGUGUUCCUUCAUGCCAAACUGCCGGACAUGCCGCUCAGAGAAAUGUACCUGAGUGGCAGUUUGUAUGAUGAUUUGCAGGUGGUGACAGCGGACCACGCCCAGCUCAUGGUGCCUCUUAUUCUGGAGAAGAACCUGUGGUCAUCCAUCCCAGGAGAGGACACCAUCAUGAAUGUUCCAGGUUUCUGGCUCGUCCGCAGGGAGAAUUUGGAAUAUUUCCCUCGAAACAGCAGCUACUGGGACCGCUGCAUGGUCGGAGGUUACCUCUCCCCAAAGUCUGUCCUCGAAGUCUUUGACAAACUUGUUGCUGGCUCCAUCAACUGGCCAGCAAUCGGGAGCGUCCUCGACUACAUCAUCCGUCCUGUGGUCCCUUCAGAAACACUGACCCUGGAGGUGCAAUACGAGAAGGAUCGAAAGCUGUACGUGGACUUCUUGCCGUUACUCGUGAUGGAAGAUGGGACCUCAUUGAUAGCAAAACCACAUCGGCUUGCGGCUGAGCGCCACGAGAACCUGUGGCGACAGAGCUUCCGUGUGGCCGAGACGGCACGCCUCAGAGCCCUGGACCAGGAGGACGGAGGCUGCAGGUGCGCCUGCCUAAAGGUGGCGAAGGCAGUGUGUAAGCUCAACCCAGCCCUCAACCGGCUUAACGCCAGCCAGCUCACUAAUGCCAUCUUGUUGCUGUGUGAAAAAGAGGGCGACUGGACACAAGAAGCGCUGGCAGACCGCUUCCUUCAGCUGCUGCGAGCGCUAGUGGGACACCUAGAAGCUGGGAGGCUGCCAUGUGCACUCAACCCUAAAGUGAACUUAUUCUGUGAGCUUACUGAACAGGAAGUAGACGAGCUGGGGUACACACUCUACUGCGCCCUCUCAGAUCCUGAAGGGCUGCUGAGAACUGCUGCUGCAGAGCCAGAACAUCCCUGACAACCUGGCUACAUAAUAAUGCAACACUGAAGUAUCAACUACUGUUAAGUCAACAUGGGAACUAUCAAGAUGUCCCUGAAAAACUAAAGCAACUGCAUGGAAUCAUCCUCUCUCCUCCUUCGUACCUAAAUGUGUCCUCACAAACAAGAAAAUAAAUCACAUAAUAGCAGUUAUUUAAUUUUGAUCUGAACAAAUCCUAACAUGACCAUGUUGUGAUCAUAAUUAAAUCUUAGAUGAAAUUGGAAGCAAAUUGGAGUGUAUGACUUUGACUGAAGCCAAUGUAUUAAUGAAGUUAAUGUCAGACUUGUUGGGCCUUAAACAUCUGGACAGAAUUAGUUCAUUGCUGUCAAACUGGAAUCUGACAUUGCCAUUUUUUAACAGGAGUUUUAGAUGACAGAGGUGUCUGAUGCAGUUUAAUGUUGAGUCUUUUCAUAUGAGUCAUUGCCACUGUGAAGGGUUAAAAUGUAAUGUUUAUUGUGCGUAUGCCAACCCAAAUAAAUUGUUGAUCCGCCUGGAAGCCUUGGCAUUCUUUGGUGAUAUGCAAUAACGAUUUGUGCUGUUGUGUGAGAACUUCAUUAGUACAGUGGCUGCAGUUACAGAUGGAUGCUUUGAGAUGUAUGAAAACAAACAUAAGGCUGUGAUUUGACUGUUUGCAGCGUGCAUGUGUUAUCUACCUAAGCUAGAAAUCAAACAGGAAUAUAUGUGUUGAAUAUCUUUCUCUGUCUUAAUAUGUCAAACUCCCACAAUUCAACUGAUCCGAUCCAAGUUGGAUAAACAUCAAGGAACUAAUGUGAAUGUGAUAUUUCUGAGUCAUGAGCAAAACAGCAUCAUCCACUGAUAGUUUUUAACCCCUUCUUUUUGUUAGGACCAGAAAGUUUUUAAUAUUUUUUUUGCUUCGAUACAAAGGUUUGGAAUGCUUUAAACUUUCAGGUUUAUCUUUUGAAACCUUUAUCUCGGGUUACUUUGCGAAAUAUCAGGGUGUUUGCAUUUUAAUUUAAAGUGCUUUUUGUUUACUGGUUUUUGCUUUAAUCAAAUUCCUAUUCAGUCCCUUUUCCCUCUAUACAACAUAAGUUAAAGGGAUGUAACAAUGCACUCAACUUUCGCAUCAUGAUUUUUCCAGUUUUCUGACUUUUUUUAAGCCAUGACAUUGAAGUCAGUUCAUGAAAGUGAUUUUUAUUUCAAUUUUCUGGCAAUAAUAAUGCAAAAUAUCCCUGUUCCUAAUUGUGUUUUCAAAAUAAGUGAAGCUUUUUGAGUUCUGAGAUUGUAUAAGGGCUACUGACAACAGUGAGAGAAGCCAGAAAAUAAUCGUGCUCUCUGCUAGUUAAAAAAGGAUUUGCAGGGCAAUGGAGGCCUGGUUAAGUCCACACAACCCAUGUGUUGGGUCUGUGCCAUCGGGAUGGCUCCUUUCAUGCCUGCCAUUCCCCAUUCUUUCCCACUGUCAUGUCCAAGAAAAAAGGUAUAAAAAAGCAUAAAAAUAUUGCAAUCCGUGUUUAUUGUCAAAUCAAUUUUGAGUUGUUUUGCGAGGUAUUGUCACAUCCCUACUGGCCUAAAUUUUCACAGUUUAAAAAUGCUUUUUAUGGAUCAUUGGAGCAGCAUUUGGGGAACCAUUCUCAGUAUUAGCACUCUUACUUCUAUAGUCUGGUGUGUCUGUGCACAUUUAAUCCUGAUUAUCUUAUAGGUGCCAACCUGGCUCAGAUGGUCUAGAGUAGGUAGCCAGGCCUGUAUUAGUGCUCUAACUCGUUAUUGGUCAGCUAUUGCACAAACAACCUUUGAGCGGUAGCUAAAUGCUAAUAGUCUGAUACUGCCUGUCAGUUUGUGUGUAUUUGAUCACAGGUGCUAAUCUCUCCUAGAUCAGGGUAGGAUCAAGAGGAUUUUACAUGCAGAUCCUGAGUUAAAUAAAGCAGCUUUGAUAGCCAAGCUGUCUGAUGUUAGAUAAGCCUUUGGAAGUUGUGAGAGCACUAUCAUUGCUGUGUAGUUGAAAGUAGCUGGACUCACUUAAAUAAUAGCUGCCAGACUUUAAAGUGGAAUUCAGUAGCGACCCAAAAUAUGCUGUCCAAGAUAUUCACAGUGUUGCUUUUUGUUCUCACUUUUAGCCUUAGAACAAAGAAGAAGAAUGCAGUGAUAUGGAGCAAGUGUGCCCCUCGUCCCCAAACCCACUGUUUGUAUCGUGUACAAUAAGGAGGGAUUUGGGCUGUUCAUAGUUAUAUUGUGCUUUCAGUUGAAAAUAAUCUUAAAAACAGGUAAAUAUUUUUGUAUUUGUUGUACAUUUGUAAUCAAGAAGAGCCAAAUAUUUAUUUGCAAUGACUCAAUUCCACAUGUAAAGUAACACUUGUGCUUCAUUGUGUGCUUUGUUCUGGAUGUACUUGUGUAAGAAUCAGUGGUUCUAAUCCUGCAUAUUAAGUGUCUUCCGUUACAGACCUACUUCAUGCUACAAACUACUGAGUUCAAAGGAGGGGACUCAACUUUUGUAAUGUCAUUUGUGAAGAUCAAAAACCCAAAGUAGAUCACUACCUCUACCUUAUGGAGAGUGUAUUGGCCAUAUGCUGUGUUGCAUGCUCUGUAUAUUUUCUCAGCCCAGCUUUUUUUUUUAGUUCAGCUCUGGAGUUGAACAGUGCAGCACUUUGUAUACUUCAAUAAAUGUUACAGAUGGCACCCG